GCUAUAAUGUGGGCUGCUCUCUCCACGCUCCUCGCCCUUGGCGCCGGCUCCUCGUCUGGACCAAAGGUGACGCACAAAGUGUACUUUGACAUCACAAUCGGUGGUGAGCCGGCUGGGCGGAUCGUGAUGGGCCUGUACGGCAAGACGGUGCCCAAGACUGUCGAGAACUUCCGCGCCCUCGCGACCGGCGAGAAGGGGAUGGGCAAGAGCGGCAAGCCGCUCGCCUUCAAGGGGUCCAAGUUCCACCGCGUGAUCCCCAACUUCAUGCUGCAGGGCGGCGACUUCACGCGUGGCGACGGCACCGGCGGCGAGUCGAUUUACGGCGAGAAGUUUGCCGACGAGAACUUCAAGCUGAAGCACACCGGCCCGGGCAUCCUCUCGAUGGCCAACGCCGGCCCGGGCACCAACGGCUCCCAGUUCUUCAUCUGCACCGUCAAGACGGCGUGGCUGGACGGCAAGCACGUCGUCUUUGGCAAGGUGCUCGAGGGUAUGGACAUCGUCAAGAAGGUCGAGGGGGUCGGCUCGCCCUCGGGCAAGACGUCCAAGGAGGUUCUCAUCGCCGACUCUGGCGAGCUCGAGGUGACCGCCGACGCGCCAGCCGAGGAGCUCUAGCCUCUGGUGGUGGCGCGCACCGCCAGCGUCACACUGUGCCUCUGUGCGACGCGGGACAACUCACAGCGCCACGUCACGUCGUGGCGCACACACCGCUUGUGUUCCUACAUCUCUCAAGUCUUAUCGAACGAA